AUGUCUAUAUAUACAAAACCAGAAACUUUGAUACCAUAUACAGAAACAAUCAGUUGCGAAUCAAUUAGCAUCAGACCAGGUGAUAUCCAGAUCACCCCAGUCACUCUCCUCCACACCCAACGCCUUCCACACCGCCUUCGACGCAUCAACAAUGUUGUUAGGACAAGGAGGCUGGUAAUCAUGAUCAGAAUCACACCCCAUGGUGGAGUCACACUCGUCCACCACCAUGGCCCUAGCUGUCUUCCCAUUCCCAUGAAUGUUGAUGAAGUUGAGACACCUGCUUUUCUUGUUGAACCACCCCGUCGACAGAGCAACGAUAGGCUUGUCGUCGGAGUGGAACUGGUUGUCGCACUCGGAUGGUGCUCCCCCGCUGCCCCCUGCCUCGAAGCUGUUCCACGUCAGGGUCGCCUUGGUGCUGGCGGUGACCGGAGGGGAGCAUUUGUAGGUGGUGUACUGCUUGCCGGUUUUGCAGCAGUCGGAUUCCUCGCCUUGGUUGCAUUGCCCCGGUGGCGGAGUGAUCCCUGUGAUGUGGCCACUCGGCUUGCAGGUCUGGCCGUCCACGUAGGUCGCAGCGAGGACGAGAAUGGCGGCGAGGAGAAGAAUUGGGGAAGAGGUUUGGCUGGUGAUGUUCAUCAUUGUGGUUGUGUGUUUUGGAGUCUGUAA